AUGGUAACCACUGUAUCCAACGAGGCAAUUGAUCAGCUACAGAACCAGGUGACGGAGUCACUUGGGGCUUUCCGAAGCCAGCGCGAGGAGACAGAUCGCGUCGCCGCGCUAAAGGCAGCGCAGAGACUGGUGAAUACAUUACAGAAACCGCAGGAUUCUGUCUACCAUUUGGCAUAUUCUCCUACUCACACCAUGUGUGUGCGCAUUGCCAUCGACUUGGAUAUAUUUACCACGCUGACGGAGCGUAAUGGGCCGGUGUCACUUAAUGAUCUGGCAGCUGUGAAAAACGCCAGUCCAAUCCUAGUUGAACGAGUCUUGCGUAUCUUAGUUGGAAUUGACUAUGUUGGCGAAUGCGACACGCGCGUCUAUAUCGCGACUACUAUGACACGGCAGUUGACUGACCGACUCAGUAUUUCGGUGAUCAAGUUUAUAUUCGACGUUGGGAUGCCUACUCUUGCCAAAGUCCCCGAGUUCCUCCGCCGCCAGGACCACCGAAACCCAGAGGGUACCACUACAGGCCCACUACAAUUCGCUGAGAAGAUUGAUGAGUCCAUUUGGACUUGGUUGCCCCAAAAUCCAGAGAACCUGGAUUCUUGCAAUACCUUCAUGGAGGGUGACCGUGGGGCACGACCCAGUUGGCUUGAAUGGUUCCCGGUGGAAGAACGGGGUCGAGGCCAUGACCUCGCGGCAUUUUUGGCACGGUACCCUGAUGUACUAGGGCGUUUGGUACUCGAAGAUCUGCCGCAUGUUUUGGAAGAGAGCACUGUAGAUGUGGGUCGUAUUGAAAAACAAGCAUUUGACCUGUUCAAACCGCAGCCGAUUCAUGGCGCUCGGAUUUAUUAUAUGAAAUUCAUUCUUCAUGACUGGUCUGACGAGGAAAAUCAUGUCAUUCUUACCCAACUGGCUGGUGCAAUGAGGCAAGGCUACUCGAAACUGAUCAUUGAAGAGUUUGUGCUGGCAGAUCGCGAUGGUGCCAUGUUGCCGGCGAUGUGGGAUUGGGAAAUGAUGAUCUUCUGUAACAGCAUGGAGCGAUCUAAGUCUCAUUGGACUCGCUUGCUAGAAGGAGCUGGUUUCCAGGUUAUCAACUUCUGGGCACCGCCUGGCGAUGGACAAAGCAUCAUCGAAGCAGAACUCAAAUAG